GAGACGGUUUAGAUCCGUCACAAAAUCGAGAUACGGUUCUUUGGAUUAUUAUAGUUGAUUAUUUCAUUGUUUUUCGCUGCAUAUUUCUGAUUACCUCUUUUGUUCACUCUGGUUGCUCCGUGUUCAUCCAUCAAUGGAGGAAAAUACUUUCGAACCAGAAUUGAUUCGUGCGAUUUUCAAAUUGGUUUGGGAGAGACGAGCUGCAGAGCGGGAGAAAAAUCAACUUUCAGAAACUGAAGCUGAGGCGGGACCAAGCACGUCGAAGAGAAGUCGGCUUACUUCUAUCAAUGGAAAUGGAUUGAAGCUGAGCUGCGAACUCCUUCGCGUAUUUGUGACAGAGGCUAUUCAACGAGCUGCUACCAUUGCUGAAGCAGAGGGUUCUCUGAAAAUAGAAGCAACUCAUCUAGAGAGGAUACUUCCGCAAUUACUUUUAGAUUUUUAAGCAUUGCAACAUUGUGUUGACUAGGCAAUUCUCCUAGUUUUUCUGGCCUUGCUUGCUACUGGGUGUAAUGCUGCCGAUGUAUUUUUCCAGCCUUUUUUAUUUACCAUAUGCUCGAGGUUACUCUCAUGGCAGCAGAAUUCGGAAGGGCUCAAGCGAGCAAACAAAAGUAUGAAUUUUGGAUUUACAGUCCUUAACUCAUGCACUGGGGAUCUUCAUGACAGCUUUGCCAUAGGCAUGUUCGAAUGUGGAUGAAAUUUAGUGCUAUGUUAAUGCAAAAGCUAAUGCAUCCAUUUUGGGGAUAGCGUUAAUGAGUUGAAUUAUCCGACCUCAUCCUAAUGUCUCUUCAUGAGCAAAUCUCUAUCUCUUCUGCCCAAUUGCCCAUAAUAUUGAUAGUAUGCAGUAGCAAUUAUGUAUUCUAAUUAUGGAUUUCCUAUA